UAGCAAAAAUACUGAAACAUCUACAAUGUUAUCAAACUUAAGAUCGAAACAUAAACUAAUCGUAGAAUGGACGUAUUUUUUACUUUUAUCAUGCUUAUAUUUCACAUUAUUUAAUUAUUUAUAUGAUUUCGUAUAGAUGGAUGACAAGCAAUGGCCGGCCAUGGCUUCUGACUACUGAGGUUUGUUAUCAUUACACAUUAGAUUUACCUCUCGUGUUAGCUAGCGAUGCUAAUUUUCUAGCCCACAUAAACUGACUUGUCUCUCUUCAAUUUUAUUUUCAUAUAUAUAUAUACAGCUUGUAUUUAUAAUUUGAUUUCGAUUAUUUACAACUUAAGUAUUUUCUUAAAGUUUAAAAACUUAUUUUAUUUAUUUUAAGUUUCAGUUUUAGCUUGAUCAUACAUACACAAAUUUAUAAGCAUUUAAUAGUAAUCAAUUACAUUUAUCAUUUAAUUUUAAUCAUUUCGGAAUUUUCAUAUUUUAUUUAUUAUAUAUAGAUUUUUUGAUAAAUGUAUUUAUAGAUAAAUUUUCUAAAAUAAAUAAUGAAAAUUAUUGUUUAAGUCUUUCUAUUUUAACUUUUGUAUUUUUACAAUUAUAUUAUAGUAAUUUAUAAAAAAAUAUUUAUUAAUUAUUUAUUUAACUAUUUGUGUGUUUACAUUAAGCAUUUCAAAAAACAAAAAAAAAAUUAUCGUUUUAUAGAUUAUUUUAGUUACUAAUAAAAAGUAUUUCACACAAAAAACUAUUAAUAGAUUUAGAUGAAAAUAUUUAGGUUUAGUUGACUCAACUUGAUCUCUCGUUACUUCUCUUUUCAUUAUACGAUUUUUUGGAUACGUAUUAAGUCAUUGUGUCUGCAAUUUUACAAAAGAAAACAAGAAGAGGCCGGCUCGCAGAUGCAUUUUAACUAGGAAAAAAAAACUAAUCCUAACACAUAUAUAUGAUGAUAAUAUACAUUAUGAUAAUCGACCAUCGUCCAAGUGUGUCUUUUACUUUUAAAGCAAAAAAAAAAAAAAAAGAUCAGUUGAUUCUCAAUUUGACAAUUAGAAUGGAAAACACUUAAAUUGAAUGAUCUACUCUCUAAAGAGAGGAAAAGUAUAUUCGAAAUGAAAAGAAAGAAACACAUUAACAAUCCGAAAAGGAAAGAGAGAAUUAAAGUGGCAAAUUAUACAACACACACUAAUGGAGAGAAAAGACGACCCGAUUCCUUUCAGCAGCCGCCCCCUGGCAUCAUACGUUUUGCCACAUGUUAUUUUCUCAAUGAACACCACUUUGCUUACAUGGCAUCCCACUAGCCUUUCUCGUCCCACUUCUCCUCCAUAAAUAGAGCUCUCAGCAGUCAGCAACUCACCACCUGAUCCUCAGCCUUCUCAAUAUUCUCAACCAAACUCUCUCUCUCGAUCUGUACUUCUAACUCCGUUUAAGUUAGUUGUCUGAAUUUUUAUUUAAGAUAAGAGGUAACAAUAAUGUCAGGUUUUGACGGCGUUGAAAAUCAAAGAAACGGUCUAGAUUUAUCAGCUCGUCUCCCUCAAGAUCCUCGCUCAUUAUUAUCAUCAUCAUCUCCUUGUUUCCCAAUCACUCUCAAGUUCGUUGAUGUCUGUUACCGAGUGAAGAUCCAUGGCAAAACCGGCGAGUCCGGUAAGAUCCAGAGAUUGUUGGGACUAGACCACAAACCGUCCGAUGAGACUACAUCAACGGAGGAGAGGACGAUACUUAGUGGAGUCACCGGAAUGGUGUCACCCGGCGAGUUUAUGGCCGUUCUUGGACCAUCCGGAAGCGGUAAGUCCACGCUACUAAACGCUAUCGCAGGGAGACUCCAUGGACCAGCUCUCACCGGAAAAAUACUCAUGAACGAUGUGAAACCAACGAAACAAACGCUAAAACGUACUGGCUUCGUCGCGCAGGACGAUCUCCUCUACCCUCACUUAACUGUACGCGAAACCCUAGUUUUCGUCGCCUUGCUCCGUCUCCCUCGGAGUCUAACAAGACACGAGAAGAUCAAAGCCGCCGAGUCAGUGAUCUCCGAGCUGGGGCUGGAGAAAUGCGAGAACACGGUGGUUGGUAAUACUUUCAUCAGAGGGAUAUCUGGCGGUGAGAGGAAACGAGUGAGCAUAGCUCACGAGUUACUCAUCAACCCGAGCCUUCUUGUCCUUGACGAACCAACGUCUGGACUCGACGCUACGGCAGCUCUACGGCUGGUUCAGACACUCUCCUGGGUGGCUCAUGGUAGAGGGAAGGCGGUGGUCACGUCGAUUCACCAGCCGUCGAGCCGUGUGUUCCAGAUGUUUGAUACUGUGCUUCUUCUUAGCGAAGGAAAGUUUUUGUUCUACGGAAAAGGAAGAGACGCCAUGGCUUACUUCGAGUCCGUCGGGUUCUCGCCUGCGUUUCCAAUGAAUCCUGCUGACUUCCUUCUCGAUCUUGCUAACGGAGUUUGUCAAAUUGACGGCAUGACAGAACGGGAAAAGCCAAACGUGAAACAAACGCUGUCUGUUGCUUAUAAUACAAUGCUAGCCCCAAACGUCAAAACCUGCAUCGAUGCGGCACCUUCUCUUGGAGACAACAUGCGUUUUGUAAAAACGCGAGAGAACGCACAUGGAAUAACGUCAGGUAUCGCAACAUGGUUCAGUCAACUUUGCAUUCUCCUCCACAGACUUCUUAAAGAACGGCGCCACGAAUCCUUCGAUGCACUUCGCGUUUUCCAAGUGAUAGCGUCUUCACUACUCUCUGGUCUAAUGUGGUGGCACUCAGAUUAUCGAGACGUACACGACCGACUAGGACUACUCUUCUUCAUAUCCAUUUUCUGGGGGGUAAUUCCGUCAUUUAACGCAGUUUUCACGUUUCCGCAAGAACGAGCCAUCUUCACUCGAGAACGCUCGUCCGGUAUGUACACACUCUCAUCUUACUUCAUGGCUCAUGUCAUUGGAUCGCUCUCCAUGGAACUCGUUCUCCCGGCAGUGUUCUUGACGCUAACUUAUUGGAUGGUCGGUCUCCGUCCAGGGCUAGUCCCUUUCCUCCUCACCCUCUUCGUGCUACUACUAUACGUUUUAGCAUCCCAAGGACUCGGACUUGCCCUUGGCGGAGCGAUCAUGGACGCAAAGAAAGCUUCCACGAUCGUGACUGUGACAAUGCUAGCGUUUGUUUUAACCGGUGGUUACUACGUGAACAAAGUGCCUUAUGGAAUGGUGUGGAUGAAAUACAUCUCCACGACGUUUUAUUGUUACCGUUUGUUAAUUGCAAUCCAGUAUGGUAAUGGUGAUGAGAUAUUGAGGAUGUUUGGAUGUGAGCCCAAGAGAGCGCAAGGAACGGCUAUGACUGCUGGGUGUAGGUUUAUGGAGGAGGAAGUGGUUGGAGACAUUGGGAUGUGGACGAGCGUUAGUGUUUUGUUUUUCAUGUUUGCUAGUUAUAGAGUAUUGGCUUACUUGGCUUUGAGGCGUAUUAAACUUUGAAAUGAGGCGAGGGAGGGGAAAAAUAAUGAUUGGAUAAAAAUAAAAUCAUAAAAUAUAAUUUCUAGGUUCUUAUUAAUCCAGAAUAUUAAGCUGUUGCUAGUUAGCGACGGGUAGGUGGUUUGGUUUGUUCGGUUGUCCAGUUUUUAACAUGUGAAACAAAAAUAACAAAGUAUUUUUAGUUGGCUUAUGAUUAUGAUAAAUGAAUGUAUAUUUCUUCUAUCUAUUUAUACAUGGGUUUUCAUUUCGUUGUGUG